AGACUGAAUUGAGCUUUUCGAGGUGUCUCAUUGAACGUCUAGUCUGCCACAUCGUUUAAAACACAUAUUAGUUAACUUUCCCGCUGAAGAAGUUGUGUAGAAUUGACACAUACAAGUUGGCGGGAGCAGGUCGGUAGGUGUUAUUGAUGCGCCGCCGGUUAACAGAAGAGCGGUGAGAUGGCCAUCGCCCACGUGGCCACGGAGUACGUGUUCAGCGAUUUCCUGCUGAAGGACCCCAACAAUGCCCGGUACCGCAACGUCCGGACGGAGCUGGCCGUGGACAAGAUGGUGACCUGCGUGGCGGUGGGCCUGCCCCUCCUCCUCAUCUCUCUGGCCUUCGCUCAAGAGGUUUCGGUCGGUACCCAGAUGAGCUGUUUCGCUCCGAGCAACUUCUCCUGGAGGCAGGCCGCUUAUGUGGACUCGUACUGCUGGGCGUCCGUACACACACACACUCUACCUCUGUGGCUGCACAAGUUCUUUCCCUACAUUCUGCUGCUGGUGGCCGUGCUGAUGUACAUGCCGGCGUUGUUCUGGAGAUUUUCCGCGGCGCCCCUCCUGCAGUCAGACCUGGGCUUCAUCAUGGAGGAGCUGGACCGGAGCUACAACUGCGCUGUCACUCUGGCCAAACGCAUGGACACCUCAGGACUGCUCACCCCAGACGGCGACCCCACCGAGGGCUGUUUCAAGUACCCGCUGGUGGAGAAGUUUCUGAUGACCAAGCGUUGCUCGCGGUCGAUGCUGCUGCACUACCUGCUGUGUCGCGGCCUGACUCUGGUCACCCUGCUGUGCGCCUGCGUCUACCUGGGCUACUACCUCCGCCUGGCCUCCGUCACCGACGAGUUCAGCUGCGAGCUGCGUGUCGGCCUGCUCGCCUCCGACCCGAGCGUCCCCGAAAAGGUGCACUGCAAGCUCAUCGCGGUGGGGGUCUUCUCUUUGCUGAGCCUCGUCAACCUGGUCCUGUUCAUCGUGCUGAUUCCUGCGGUGAUCUAUGCCGCCGCCCGUCCCCUCUUCUGCACCCGACACGCCCGCUUCCUGGAAACCUACCAAUCGCUGCCCACCGUGAGCGUCCUGCCCAACCCCGCCAACCAAUGGGACGAUCUCUCUCUGUAUCUGCUCUUCCUGGAGGAGAACGUCAGCGAACUGAAGUCCUACAAGUACAUCAAGGUGCUGCUCGUGUGUUUGUGUGCCAGUGUCCAGGGCUGUGUCCCAAAUCCUCUUCAUUUACCAUUUAGGUCACUUGUAUUGCUGGCCGUUGUUUUAUUUCAGUGUCAGAACUCUAAGAAAUGUGUGCUCCAUAUGAUGAUGUCAAAAAUCCCUACAUUGAAGCAAACAUACUCUGUGUUCCAAAGAAACAGUACGUCUAAAAACAUACUAUGUCAAAAGCAGGAUGUUCUACUACAUCUGGUUGCAUUUUGCACCAUGCAUGCUAUUCUGGCCCACAAUGUUUUGUGCAGCAG